AUGGAGCAUGCGAGAACAAGGUUUUGAGCAUGCGAGAACAAGGUUUUAUUUGGUAAAAUAUUAUGAAAACUCUCUGCGGAUAAAUUGUUGGUCAUUAGUGGGUCCGAGUGAUGUAAAAAAAAUAAAAUUCCUCGAAAUUAUGUGGAGAACUGAAAAUAAGGCUUUCACUGUAAAAAUAAUAACACGAUAACAUCAAUUGGAUGCCUGAGAAAAUAAAGAAAUACCCUCGAAAAAUAAAUUUUGGAUGUGGAGGAUGAUCCAUGAAAGGACCUGCCCGGAUAUUUUUUUGCCACAAAAUGAACAAUUAUUUUAUUUAUAGGAAAUUAGCCGGCGAGAAAGAAAAUAAAUCGAAAAUUGGACGUCCUGAGGGAGAUUAUAACAAGGAAAAUCGCCAAAGGAGAUUAGCCUGACAUAUUAGGAGAUAAUCAAGUAGUUAGCCCCCCCACAACCCCCUAACUUAUGGGUCGUUCCGUUCCAUCGCGGACCCGCCACCAUAUAAACCCCCCGCGGUUCGCCGGCUACUCUUUCGGAGGACCCGAUAAUUCUCCCUCCCGUUUCUUCCUCUUCCCGCCACCUUCUCCUUGUCUCUCUACCUCUCUUGUCUCUCUGUCUCUCGCUCUGUCCCCGCCAGAAUCAAGAACCAGCUCCCGUCGAGAUCCGAGGGAAUGGCCACCCUCUCCCCUUCUCUGCACCCCGUCCCUUCAAGCGGCACUACCUGCCGAGUGGCUUUUGGACCCCAAACGCAUUCGGCGUGGCCGACGGGAUCGGCAGCUGGAGCAGGCGAGGGAUCGACGCCGGCGAGGUCGCCCGGUAGCCCAUGUCCUCCUGCGACGCCCAGAUCAGACGACUCUCCUACAGUGGAGCCAUCGGGACCCUGCUGCAAGAGACGCUGAAGACCGCACUGGCGGGGACGACCGCCAGGGGACGUCGACGGCGUGCGUCGAGGUGAUCAGCAUCGGCGACAGCGGAUUCAUGGUUGUGCGGACCAACGCGAUCCGCUCGACAGUGCCAUGAGCUUCACGGUGCAGCUCGCAUUGGGCGACGUCGUCGUGGCGGCAACCGACGGGCUCUUCGACAAGGAGAUCGUCGCCCUGGUGACGAAAGAGCGAGCGGAGCGCCUCCUCAGAACCGCGUCGGACAUAGCUCACGCCUUGGAGGCGGCGCCCGUCGCUGCCUUCUCCGGAAGUAAAGACACUCCCUUCGCGGCGGCCUGCCGGGCGGAGGGGCUCCCAUGGACCGGCGGCGAGCCCGACGACGUGACGGUCGUCGUCCUCACGGUGCGCACCUCGAAGAAUGCUCUCGCCACGUUCUGUUCUCCUAACGUGCAUCAUCAUCGUAGCUGACACGCCUCGUGCUGAUAAAAUCAGGUCGAAGCCGACAAGAAUCUAACAGACGCCAAGAAGGAACAAGACCACCCAUGCUCCACGAUGGAUCAAAGGUAUACCCGCAUUCUGUACUUCCAUCCAUCAUACGCAGACAAAGACGAAGAGCACAGAAUACAGCCUCCGCGCAUUUUAUGCUGUACUUCCAUCCAUCUCGAGUAUCCGCAUUCUGAUGCAAGCUGGAUGGGAGCCAGCAUACGCAGACGAAGAGCACAGAAUAUGCCUGCGGAUGAACGACCUCUGGAACGGCAAGUCAACGACGGAAACCGACUGA